GAUUAUUAAUUAUAACCCUGUGUCAAUAAAAUAAAAAUUAAAAAUAUUGCGAAGCUCACAAAAACAUGCUUUUUAUCAUGAGCUUUUUCUAAACAUUAGAUUUUCUACUAGACGACUUACAUUUGUGAAGUCAGAACUGACUUUGUGCUAUUCAAUUUUAAUUAUAUUAUUCCAUAACAUUGCAAACAGACAAUGAAAAUCGAAGAAGUAGAACAGUGUAGUUUUCAAAAUUGGUAUAAUAAUUUUAAAAAUGUGUCUGUAAAAAGCAUUAUUCUGCCCCUUCCUGAUGAUUUCAUUAAAUACAUUUUGGCAGAUGGAAUUAUUUUGCCAAAAAGUACCAAUGUUUCUCAUGUAGUUUCCACCAAUGAUAGUGAUUUAAGUGAUGAAGAGGAAACAUGGGAAGAAGAUACUGAUGAGGCUGAACCUGAGGCUCCUUACUUUCCUGAGUUUGAUCAAAGUAUUGAAAAUGCAAUAGAGAGCUUAGGUGGAAAAGUAUUUCCGAAAUUGAACUGGAGCAGUCCUAAGGAUGCAUCUUGGAUGGGAUUUAACUAUAGCUGCUGCAGUACAUCCAUUUCAGACAUCUACUUAUUAUUAAAAAGUUCAAAUUUUAUCAUUCACGAUAUCACACAACCAUAUAAUCUUUGUGAUGACUUCAUACAAGAUCAAAGUUUAUCAGAAAUAGAACAGAAAAACAUUCCGCUAUUUCUUGUUUUAAGAAAGUGGAUUGACAUCGACACUUCAGGAGAAUUCAGAUGUUUCGUUAAAGAAAAUAAACUUAUUGGUGUUUGUCAACGAGAACAUAGUGCUUUCUUUGAGCAUAUAAAUUUACAUAAGGCAGAAAUACUGGAAGAUCUUGUGACAUUUUUUACUGAGAAAGUACAGUUUAAAUUUCCUCUGCCAAAUUAUAUUUAUGAUGUUUAUCGGAAGAAAAAGGAUAAAGUUAUAUUGAUCGACUUCAAUCCUUUUGGAAAAGUUACAGAUUCCUUACUAUUUACUUGGGAAGAACUAAAUUCUGAUCUUACCUCAGUUGAUGAAAAUGAUGAAUAUCCUGAGUUUAGAUGCGUAGAAGAUAAUUAUGGGGUACAACCUAGAACACUGAGUAGUUACGCUGUCCCCACAGACAUUAUAGACAUAAGCACAGGAGAAGAUAGUUUUAAACUUGUAGAUUUGAUGAAGCUAAAAAUAGAAGCACAAAAUGAAUCAUCUGAUGAUGAAAACAAUGCUGAAAGUAAUGGAACUCAAAAUGAAUAAGUAUUUUUGUAAAAUAUGUAAAAUAAAUUUUAUAUUAAAUAUACUAUUUAAUCAAA